UUAUAAUAAGUUCCCUAAAUUAACUAGAAAACGAAAGAAAAAAGGUCGAAAAAUAUGUUAGCAUUAUCGCCUCCUUUGUUUUGUACGAAUUACGGAUGGCCCUUAGAGGAGCUCAUUCCACAAAAUAUACAACAGGAUUUGCACAAUGAAGCAAAUUCAUAUCACUCCCUUCUUGAUUUUCCUACAUAUGAUCAAGUGCUACCAUAUGAUUUUGCACCACAAAUUUCCAUUUCAUCUGGAGAAGCUGCAAACGGAAAUAUCAGUGAUACUAGGAAGGUAGCCAAAAAGCUCGAUCAUAAUGCUAGUGAAAGAGAUCGGCGUAAGAGGGUUAAUAACUUAUACACGUUUCUUCGUUCAUUACUUCCCUUGUCAAGUGAUCAAAAGAAAAAAGUAAGCAUCCCUGGCAUUGUAUCACAAGCACUGAAAUACAUACCGGAUCUGCAAAAGGAAGUGAAUACGCUGAAAAAUAAAAAGGAAAAGCUAAAGUUGUGUUCCUCAUCGACCAAUUUUAUGGAUCGAAGUGCUAAAGCAACUACAAAUCAAAAAACAUCAUCAGUAGUUGCUUCGGUAAGUGUCUUAAAUGACAAAGCAGCUGUAAUCCAGCUGAUUUUCUCAUCUCAUUACUUGAAGAAGAACAAGGGCAUUGGCUUAUUAUCUACAGUUGUGGAAUACUUGGAGGAAGAAGAAGGGCUAGUUUUGCUAAAUACAACUACCUUCAAGUGUCCUGGAAAAGACAGGUGCAUGAACACUCUUCAUUUUCAGGUGCAAGAUGAUCAUAAAUUAGAGACAGAAAAGUUAAAGGAGAAACUAAGCUCUCUCUAUACCUAGCUACGAUCACAUGAAAGUUUAACUUAAUCAAGAAAAAUGUCAUCUGAAAUGUAGAAUCCGUCCAUUUGUAGAUAUGAGCAUCGAUGAAGAUGAUAUAUAGCAAGAAACUGUACACCAUUUACUUAGUCUUAUGGUUGUUUUUUUAAAGGCGAGCAAGACUUUCAGUAUCCGGUAGCAUAAGCAUGUGAAUUAGAGAUGAACACGAUUCAAACUAUAGAUAUAUACAUGUCUGCCUAAUAAUUUUUGGCACUCGAAGAUUUUCUAAUGCAUUUAUAAAGCAGUCCUUGUUUCAUGUGAAUCUUUAUGCCUCAUGGAAAAGAUACAUCAUGUUUUACAACAAUAAGCUACAACUG